AUGUCUUCUAAAAGUCAAGAAAAACUGUUGAGUAUAUUAGGUGAAAUGGUUCGAGCACAAAUAUUGAAAGAUGUGAAAAAUGCUUGCCAUUUUGCUGUUAUAAUUGAUACCACUACGGAUAUAUCAAACCAAGAACAGUUUACAUUUAUAGUGAGAUAUGUUAACAGUACUGGUGUAAUAGAAGAGCGAUUGUUGGCUUUAGAAACUGCAAGUGAUGCUACAGGACAAGGAUUAUUCAAUACCUUUUGUACAAUAACAAGUAAAUAUGACAUCAACUGGGAAAAACAUCUGUGUGCACAAUCAUUCGAUGGUGCAGCAUCUAUGCAAGGAAUUUAUUCAGGUCUACGAAGUUUUAUUCAACAUAAAAAUCCUAGAGCAAUUUACGUUUGGUAUUUUGCCCACAUAUUAAACUUAGUAGUGGUAGAUACAUGUGAUUCAUGUACUGAUACUAAAAAUUUUUUUGGAGAUGUUCAAUCAUUAGUAUUUUUUCUAAAAGCUCGCAAAAGAGCAGCUGUUUUUAUUGAAUGCCAAAAAAAAAUGUAUAAAGAUGAGAGAGUUUUGCGAUUGAAAAGUUUUUCAGAUACUCGAUGGACCUCACAUGGUAAAGUUUUAAAUGUCAUAUUUUGUAAAUAUAAAGCAUUGAUUGAUGCUUUAGAAGUCUUACAAAAUUCUAGUGAUAGAAUUACAGCAUCUAGUUCAAGGACAUUUUUAAAGAUAAUUUCAACUUUUAAGUUUGUAUUAUGUUUAAUAUUUUUUAAAAAUAUUUUCAUUGUGACUACACCACUUUCUAACUACCUACAGUGUAAAACUAUUGAUUUCUUUGAAGCAAUACAAUUAGUUAAUGUGGCAAAAAAAAAGUUAAGUGAAAUGCGAUCAGAAUGCAAGUAUGAAGUAUUUAUUAACGAAGUUAAGGAAUUUGCGAAUUUUAAUAACGUACCAGAAAAAGACUUUAAAGAAAUGAGAAAAAGGACGAGCAAGUUACUUGCAGGAGAAACUCCAGAUGAUAAUUCAAAUGUUUCUUCUAUGGUUCAAUUUAAAAUUAAGACAUAUUAUGCUGCUCUUGAUAAAAUAACAAUGUCAUUACAUGAAAGAUUUAGUCAAUCACAAGAAAUACUAAAAGAUUUGGCAAUAUUAAAUUCUGAUCGUUUAAUGGCGAAAGAUUCACAAAAUCUGCCCAGUGAUUGUUUUCAACACAUUUCACUGUGGCUUGAAAACAUCAAUACUGACCAACUCAGGACAGAAUAUAUUCAAUUUAAAAAUAAUAUUUAUGAACUUAUAAAUGGAUUAGAAUUACCUACUGAGAUUCAUGACGACACUAGCAAAGUACAAAAUACUGAGAUUGAUGAGAAUGAUGAUUGUUCAAGUAAUGACGGAAAUUUGAAUAUCAUGGAUGAAAAUAUUGAUUUGAAUAAAAAUGUAACUAUUACAACUAUAAUUCAAUUAUUGACAAAGUAUGGACUUGACUCAGCCUUUCCUAAUUUGCACGUUGCGUAUAGAGCUCUGGCAACAAUUCCAGCAUCAUCUGCAUCAGCUGAAAGAUCUUUUUCAAAGGUGAAAUUGAUUAAAACCAGACUAAGAUCAACAAUGGGGCAAGGUAGAUUAGAAAGUCUCUUACUUCUGAGUUGCGAAAGAGAUAUUCCAAUAGAUAUAAAUAUUGUUAUUGAUAAAUUUUCACAGUCUUCAGAUCUCUUAAAAAAUGCAUUAACUUUUAAAUAA